ACUAUAUGAAACUUACUUUCUCAUCACAAUUUUCUUGAAAUCAAGAAUAGAAACAAGUGACGGAAGAAUAAAAAAAUGAAGAAAUAUCUGGGCCAGAAAAUGCAACAUUCAUAGACUUGCCUCUCCUGUCUUUUCUCCAUAUCCCAACUUAUUGUGGCUGGAAAAUCACUCACUCUUUCUUUAUCAGCCUAAAAGCUGUUGCUACCUUCAGCAUUUUUAUUUGAAAUUGAUGACCUUCACAUGAGGUUCUAUUCUAGGUGGCUCCAAUUUAAGAAAUUACAGAAGAAAAGGAGAAGUUAGAAAAUUUAGUGUUGGUGUAACUGAGUUGACUGAGAUUUCUUUUGGUCAAUUUGCUUAUGGGCUUGAAGGGUAUAACGGAAAUCACCUAGUCCUUGAGAGGGGCUCUGUAUGAGGGAUAUUCAAGUGCAUGUGCAUGAGUGAAGAGAAGGGGCAACAUGAAGCAAGUGAUUUCAUCUUUUAGGUGUUUGUUUCUUCUUUGUGCAUUUUUAGUGCUUGACUUCAUGGUCAAGGUUUCUGGCAACCAAGAAGGUGAUGCCCUGUCUGCAUUGAGGGGCAAUAUGAAUGAUCCCAAUAAUGUUCUUCAAAGUUGGGAUUCUACCCUUGUCAAUCCUUGCACAUGGUUUCAUGUUACAUGCAAUAAUGACAAUAGCGUGAUCCGUGUUGAUCUUGGAAAUGCAAAUCUUUCGGGUGAGCUUGUUGCACAGCUUGGUCAACUCCCAAAUUUGCAAUACUUGGAACUUUAUAGUAAUAAUAUAACUGGGAAAAUCCCAAUUGAGCUUGGGGGUUUGACAAACUUGGUGAGCUUGGAUCUUUACUCGAACAAAAUUACUGGUCAAAUUCCAGUCGAAUUAGCCAACCUUAAAAAACUACGUUUCCUGCGUCUCAACAAUAACAGCUUGUCAGGAAAAAUUCCUAUGCCUCUGACCAAUGUCGAUAAACUGCAAGUGCUUGAUUUAUCGAACAACAACUUAACAGGAGAUGUCCCAACCAAUGGUUCUUUUUCAUAUUUUACUCCCAUCAGUUUUAGGGAUAACCCCCUAUUGAAUAAUAUAGACACUCAAUCUCCACCAGCUGCUGCACCACCAGCAAAUUCUUCAGGUAAGAAUAACCGUGUUAUUGGAAUCAUUGCUGGAGCAGUUGCUGUGGGUGCUGCACUGUUGUUUGCAGCUCCUGUGAUUACAUUUGUUUAUUGUAAAAGAAGGAAACCACAUGACUUUUUCUUUGAUGUUGCAGCUGAGGAGGAUCCUGAAGUUCAUCUUGGUCAGCUUAGAAGGUUUUCAUUGCGCGAACUGCAAGUUGCAACAGAUAGCUUUAACAACAAAAACAUUCUUGGUAGAGGUGGAUUUGGCAAGGUUUAUAAAGGACGCUUAACAAAUGGAGAUCUUGUAGCAGUAAAAAGACUUAAAGAGGAACGAACCCAGGGUGGGGAGAUGCAAUUUCAAACGGAAGUGGAAAUGAUCAGCAUGGCUGUGCAUCGAAAUCUGCUUCGCCUGCAUGGUUUUUGCAUGACAUCUACUGAACGUUUGCUUGUGUACCCUUUCAUGGUUAAUGGAAGUGUAGCUUCAUGUUUACGAGAUCGUCCGGAAGCACAACCACCACUUGAAUGGUCAAAACGGAAGGGUAUUGCUCUAGGAGCUGCAAGGGGCCUUGCUUAUUUGCAUGAUCAUUGUGAUCCAAAGAUUAUUCAUCGUGAUGUGAAAGCUGCAAAUAUAUUGUUGGAUGAGGACUUUGAAGCAGUUGUUGGAGAUUUUGGUUUAGCAAAGCUAAUGAAUUACAAAGAUACUCAUGUUACUACUGCGGUACGUGGUACUAUUGGCCACAUUGCUCCUGAGUACCUCUCAACUGGAAAGUCUUCAGAGAAGACUGAUGUUUUUGGAUAUGGUGUGAUGCUUCUUGAACUAAUAACUGGACAGAGGGCUUUUGAUUUAGCACGUCUUGCCAAUGAUGAUGAUGUCAUGUUGCUCGAUUGGGUAAAAGGACUAUUGAAAGAAAAGAGGUUGAAGACACUGGUGGAUGAAGAUUUGGAUGGAAAAUAUGAGGAGGAGGAAGUAGAAGAGUUGAUCCAAGUGGCCUUGCUAUGCACACAAAGCUCCUCUUUCGAAAGACCAAAGAUGUCUGAGGUGGUGAGAAUGCUAGAGGGUGAAGGUUUGGCAGAAAAAUGGGAAAAAUGGUGGCAAAAAGAGGAUAUAAUCCAACAAAAUUUUGACCCCUCCAGUCUCCACCAUGCUUACUGGCCAUUAUUAAACUCAUCCUCAAAUAUUCCCCCAGAUGAACUGUCAGGACCUAGAUGAUUCUUGGAUACAGAGAAACUUGUAAACAAUGAAAGAGGAAGAGACAAAGCAGCAAAAUGUUGGCUAAAUGCACCAAAUAAUUAUUGUAUCAUGCAGUGGUGAAGAGUGCAUAAGAAGCCCUUUGAUGGUAUUAGAAUAAACUAAAAAUAAGCUUAGAAUAGAUUUUAUUAAAAGGUUGCUUUUUUAGUUAUACCUAUUUGUAGCAGGGUCUAGGUUGUUUUCUACUAUUCUCUCUCAUUGUAUCUCACUUUAUUCUACAGAUUUUUUAACAAGCUCUCUAAAUAUACUUUUUUCAUGAGUAAAUAAGUCAUUUAAUAUAAUAA